AUGGAAAAGAACAAUGCCAAAAUACCUGCUGCUGAGAAGUCUCAACCUCAGCGAAGGAAGAAAAGGGUAGAGGUAUCUACCUCUAACUCCACUCGCUCCCGAAGGUCUAAAGAGGUCAAGAAGGUGGAGGUUAUCAUUCUUUCCUCUGACACCUCUGAUUCUGACAGCGCUGAUGGGGAUUACGUUUCGUUUCUGGAGACGUAUGUUCCUCCCGAGCUUUCUUCUCGUGCUUCUUCGUCGGGUGAAGAAGAUGGAUCCCGGAUUACCGUGGAAUCCAAGAUGACGCUUCCUGAGCCUGUGCAGAGGGAUUCGGAAUCCGAAACAUGGAAAGCUAUAGAAAAUGGCUGGGAACCCCCAGUGCUCAUUGAUAAGGAUGGAAAGAAAACCAGUGAAAUCAAGCCUACAAAAGACUAUUCUAAAGACGAGGAUGACUUAGCUCUAGGAAACUCAAAAGCCUUAAAUGCCAUAUUCAAUGGGGUGGACAUCAACAUGUUCAGACUUGUCAAACGAUGCACUGUGGCUAAACAUGCGUGGGAGAUACUUAGGAAAGCACAUGAAGGAACCAACAAGAGGUUUGACAUGAAAGUGACAGCAAUUGAAGAAUCUCAAGAUCUGGUCAACAUUCAAGUGGAUGAACUAAUAGGCUCACUUCAAACCUAUGAGUUAGGCAUGAAUCAAAGAAAAGAAAAGAAAAAUAAAAGUUUAGCCUUUGCCUCCAACACUAGAGAAGAUGAAGAAUCAGAUUUGGAGAGUGAUGAAAGUUUGUCAGAAGCAAUGGUCUUGCUAGGAAGACAAUUCAACAGAAUCGUGAAAAGAAUGGACAAAAAGUCUAAGUUCAAUGUGCCAAGCAUCAAGCUCGACAUCAACAAACAGACCAAUGAUCAAAGAAGGGCUAGAAGUGAUGAGAAAACCAGUCAGUCAGAAGGGGUCCAGUGUCAAGAAUGUGAAGGAUAUGGACACAUCAAAGCUGAAUGUCCUACCUUUCUGAAGAGACAAAAGAAAAGUCUGGCUAUCACUUGGUCAGAUGAGGAUGACUCAGAGGAGGAAACUGAAAGUGGAUCUGUAAAACAUGUCAAUGCGCUGACAGGUCUGUGUGAGUCUGAUGUUGAAUCAUGUGAUGAAACAUCUUAUGAAGAACUGGUUGCCACCUAUAAGGAUCUGUUCAUCAGGAGUAAUGAAGUUUGUAAGGCAUUGGAAAGACAAAAGAAGGUUAAUUGUCAACUACAGGCUGAGAAGAAUGACUAUCUUGCAAAAAUUGAUGCUCUCAACAAAGAGAUUGAAAAACUAAAUGUUGACUUGGAGCAUGCUAGAAGACAAGUCAGAGUUUAUGGAUCAGGAGAAGAAAAAUUCCAAGCAAUGCUAUUGAAACAAAGUGCAGGAAAGAAACCAAUUGGCUUUGACUAUGAGAUUGUUGAUCAACAAAUGGGAUACAACAAAGCUACAAUCAGUACUCCCAUUGAGAAGACUUUUCCUGUCAGUGCUGGCUUUUUACCACCACAUCCUCCCACACACCAGGGAACUGACACUUGGUUAAAAUCCAAACCUAAGCCUCCUGCACAGACUGGAUCGAUGCCUCAACAUCCUCCUCCACAUCGGAAUAACUGGUCAAGAACUAAAUCUAGAAGAAGGAACUGGAGAUGUCACUAUUGUGGUAGGAAAGGGCACAUAAGGCCUUAUUGCUAUAAAUUGUAUGGUUACCCAAAGAAUUUCCGGUCACCUGCACCAAAGCCAGAAAAUGUGAAGACUAAGAAAGAGUGGAAAGAAAAAGAGAAUGAUGGAGAGAUAAAAGGAAUUGGGAAUCUAAUCAACAAUGGAUUGCCAAAUCUAGAUAAUGUUCUAUUGGUGAAAGGUCUUACAACUAAUCUAAUCAGCAUUAGCCAGUUGUGUGAUCAAGGCAUGAAAGUAAACUUCACAAAGUCAGAAUGUCUUGUUACAAAUGAAGAAGGAAGACUCUUGAUGAAGGGUGUGAUGUCAAAGGACAACUGCUACUUAUGGGUCUCUGAAGAAGAAAACCACUUGUCCACUUGUCUCUUAAGCAAAGAGGAUAAAGUGAAGCUGUGGCAUCAAAAAAUGGGUCACUUACAUCUGAGAGGUUUGAAAAAGGUCAUAGCAGAAGAAACAAUCAAGGGAAAUCCAAAGCUCAAGAUUGAGGAAGGAACUAUAUGUGGUGAGUGCCAAAUAGGCAAGCAAACCAUGGUGGCACAUCCGAGGCUCCAACAUUCGGUUACAUCUAGAGCACUUGAACUAUUACACAUAGAUCUGAUGGCACCUAUGCAGACUGAAAAUCUUGGUGGUAAAAGAGAAAAGGAGGUUGUUAUUGUAAGAAUAAGAAGUGAUCGUGGAAAAGAAUUUCAGAAUGCAAAAUUCUUUGAUUCCUGUGCAUCAGAAGGCAUUUUUCUUGGAUACUCCACAAACAGCAGAGUUUAUAACUCUAGAACUAAAGUUACCGUGGAAUUAAUGAAUGUGGUAGUUGAUGAUGCAUCAUCAACCAAAACAGCAGAUGAUGAAUCAUCCAUUCAACAGUCAUAUGAUAUUGUAUUUGAUGAAGUUUCAGGUUCUAACAAUGAAUCUGCUGAUCCUAAAUCAAAACUUGCUCGUGUCAACAAAGUCCCAUUUAUCAGGGAUUUAGUUGAAGAAAAUAUUGUGAAGCUUGAUCAUGUUGCUAUUGGAUGCAUAUUCAGUAAAGCAUUGGAUGUUGUUGAGUUUGAAAGGCUAAGGGGCAAAUUAGGAAUUUGCCUGCAUAAGGAAUUGUAG